AUGCCAACACAGGCGCGGGCCGCGGUGGCAACCGCCCGCUGCGGGCGACGGUCGACCCCCCUCGGGGGCGAGGUCUCGCCCAAGGCGACCGAAGCCCGGGGGCCCUCUGGCCGCCGGCACCGAUGGGGUCUGUGGAUCAUUGGCCGCUGGCCAGCGUUUCCGUCCAGAUUCCCGGGGGGAGCCGCCGUGCGAUAUCCGCUGUUCGCCAGCGUGCUCGCGCGGUCCGGUCCCCCCACCCGAGGCCCGCUAAAUGCGCCUCAUAUGACAAUGAUUUUGACGGCGGACAAUCAGAUAACCGGACGGCUGUUCGCUCUUCCGUACACGGCGCGGACUCUCGCCGAGAUCCAGGUGUGUCUGCCCUUGACUCGUAUUACCCUGGAAACCGGGCACUUUCUUGAUGAAUUCGGGUCUAGCAAUACAAGCUACUAA